CUGAAUCUCCGCCCAUAUUCUCAAGCAAUUAAUCUGCUGUGAACAUUUAGCACCACGUACUGACGUGUAUUGCAUGCAUUUUUCACUGGGGUACAUACACGUACGACGCUAUGUUGGUGUGCGAAAUUUACGUGUACAGAGCAGAUCCUAUCGUUAUAGCACUAGAGAAAAAAUCGCUUGGAUUCUCGUUGUGGCAAGAAUUGCUCAAGCAUCUACAGAUCAGGCAAUCCCAGUACUUUGGGCUUCAGUACACAGACUUCUCUAACAAAAAGCGUUGGAUAGAUUUCAAAAAGCCACUCUUCAAGCAAUUGAAAUGUGGCAGUUGCGGUGAUUUGUUUCCUGUUGACUUGAGAGUCAAGCAUUGGCCUACAGUUCCUUAUCAGGUGACUGAUGAUCUCGCUAGAUGUCUGAUGGUUGCAGAGGUGUAUGAGCUUAUCCAGUCAGGAAGGCUGCAAUGCACAAGGAACAGCAUUGUCCUCAUUGGGGGCUUGACGUUACAGAGUCAACUUGGCAACUAUGAAGAGAGCAGUGCACACAACGGAUAUUCCAGAAGAUUCUUUCUUUGCAGAGAUCAGAAUGCUGAAGUUGAAGCAGAAAUGGAAGCUUUUCAUCGUUCUGUCCAGUGUAGAGGACUACAGCCAUCUGAAUGUGACAGACACAUUCUGCAACUGGCAAGAUGGCAGUCGUUGUAUGGAGUCCAUUGGUGUAUAGCUAAGGACAUUGAUGGUUGUCACAUUGACUUGGGAAUCAGUUGUAAUGGGUUAUUGGCUUUUAGACACAAUGUUCUCAUGACCACAUUCACAUGGUUUCACAUUGUCAAGGCAUUUGUAGAAAAAGAACUGUUUUUUGUGGAAUUGUUGUCUUAUCAUCAAAGAACUCAAGUUGGAUUUUACAUGGAAAGCAAAAAGGAAGCUAAAUUCUUCUUGAGAUUAUUUGUUGAUUGUCAGAGAUUUUACACUGAUAAUUUUAGUGUUCCAAAAUCUCUUGUACAUGACAGGACGAGUUUACGUUCUCAACAGCCAAUUCGAAAAGAAGAGAUGUGUCAUAGCCUUACAUUGUUUGAUUCUAUGACUUCAGUCACUUCAACUACUUCAUAUCAGGGAAUGUUUGAUCUGAAAUCACCAGAUUCUCUUUGCACUUCUCAAUUUCGUGUAGUCUCUCUCAGACAUCGUGCAGUUUCUGUUGACAACUGCGAAUGUCAAAGUUUGUUAUUUUCCCAAAAAGAAUCUGGGAAGAGAUUAGCAUCAUUUAGUAGUGAGAGUACAUUUGAUGAUGCUGUGGUGUUGGUGCAACCAGCUGAUUUGGAGAAGAUAAAUGAAUUAAAUGAAUUGACUAUGGAAUAUAGUGAAGAUGAAUGCUCUACCGAAGCUAACACGGAUAGGACCACAGAAGAAGCUGUAAAAAUUUGUGAUAUUGAUAUCAUGAUAAUGUCAAACCCAUCCAAUUUUAUUACUUGUGAACUGAGGGAUACAGAGAGAUCGUACUGUGCUGAUUUGCAACUGUUGAAUGUUCAAUUCAAAGCACAGUUGGUCAGUUCUGACAUACUGUCUCCCAGACAAGUGUCCGAGUUGUUUGGCGAUCUCAGUCUUAUUCAAGCAUUUAACAACAACUUCCUAUUGGAGCUGGAAGAAAGAAUCAGUUUGUGUAAAACUUGCCCAGAACGUUACAACUACAGGUAUCAGAUUGGUGACAUUUUAAAGAAACGAAUGGCUUGUAUGAAGCUCUACACAAAGUAUGUGAAGAAUGAGAGCAAGAUUUUUGAGCUGGUGCGACAGUGGCAACGAGAAAUCUCUGAGUUUAGUCGACUUUGCUCUCAGUUUGGAAGGGAUAAAUCUAGCAAUCGACCACUGUUUGAGCUUUUCUAUCGACCAUUUCAAAGGAUGAUUCACUAUCGAGAAUUGAUGAAACGACUAAUCAACCACAUAGAUUUACAGAAUGAUUGUGAAGAUGUAAAGGAAGCGUUACGGCAUUUGGAGAUUGCAUUAGAGUAUGUGAACAAGUCAACAAGAGCUGCUGAAAGUACUCGGAAAAUGAUUCGCAUUCAGAGAGAAGUACUUGGAGUGAGGAACAUACUGCAGCCUCAUCGGACUCUUAUUAUGGAAGGUACUUUGCUCAGAGUUGAAACGUCAACUGUUCAAUUGACUCAUUUCUUUUUGUUUAGUGACAUCCUUUUGUAUGCUGUGGAGAAAUCAGGUCUCAGUGGAGUCCAGCUUGUUGCUCGUUGUGUCUUACCACUAGUUGGAAUGAAAGUUAAAUCAGUGGAAGACUCUGAAGGUAAGAGCUGCAAAGCGUCGUUUACUAUUAGCAAAGACACCACGUUGCUGACAGUGAUAGCAGAAACAAUACGGGAAAAAGAUUUGUGGAUAGCUUCAUUAACAGAAGCUAUUAGACAUUGUGACCUCAACAUUCAAUCACCUGUAAUUGGUGAUGGCUCAGACAGUAGACCUGCUAGUCAUGAUGUUGCUAGAGCCGUUGAUGAUGUAAAGAAGUGCACAAGUUGUGGUAGCAAGUUUCAUGUUUUCAGGAGACGAAGGAAAUGUGAACAAUGUUGCAAGAUGGUUUGUCGAAGUUGUCUCAGUGCUCUAUCUGAUGACAUUAGUGAGUCUGCAAACCAUGUCUGCAUGAAGUGUUCUACUGAAGCUAACAAACUUGAAGUGUUGAGUGAAAUACAGCCAACGACUAACAGCAAGGAAUCAUUACCAGAUAAGAAAUUGAAUCUAUUAAAGCUUUCGAGUGAUUUUGUUCUAACAAGAAGUAAGAAGAGCAGAGAAAUGCCACCUUGGCAGACAACAGUUAUAUCAAAUGAGAUUGAGAAGCGUAAGUUCCGCUCAUCUUCUUGUUCUAAUAUGCUGCUGUCUCUAAGAAGCGCCUCUUUCUCUGGAGAUAGCGAGAUGAGUGGCUAUCUGUUUCACAGAGUACGAGGGAAAGGAGGAUGGAAGCAAUAUUGGGUGGUUGUUUCUUUGUUUACUUUGCAGCACUACAAGAAUCAUGAUGACUCCAACCCAGUAAGUACGUUAGUUCCAGUGGUCUAUGAAUUGGCAUACCCAGAUGUGAAUGAUGUGGAGGCUGUUGGGUGCAUGUAUGUGUUCAAGCUCUUUUGUGGACUUGAAGUUCUCUACUACAUGACUAAAAGCAAGUUUGCAUUAGACAGGUGGACAGAAGUAUUGAGUUGGUCUGUCAAGCGUAGUCUCAUUCAUCUCCAACGUGGUUGUCUUCUAAAGCAUCCUGGGAUCAGACGCAACAGGCUAACGUCAAACACUGUAUCAUGAUAGUGAAAUUUUAAGCUACUGCGUGUAUGUCCUAUCAGGAAGUAUACCGAAGCUGUAUGUUUGCUGAUUGCUGUGUAGAGUUGAGCUUUGUAAUUACUAUCAAUACAAUAUGAUCUUG